AUGUCAACAGCCAUUCCAUCUAUAGCUGCAAAAGUGAAUGAAUCUCAACUAAAUGAAGAUAUUCGAAGACGGGAUCAAAAGAUCGACGAGUUGGAAAGCGUAAUUCUACAAUUAAAGAUGCAACAGUUGAAAAAUGACCAUGAGGAAGAUAAAAAGUUAUUCACGUUGGAGAACACCUUACAUAAUAUCAACAACAAGUUGAACGAAGUCGAAGUAAUUAACGUUGACUUACGCAACCAAUUAUCUCUUUCUCAAAAUAUUAUCGAGAAAAAGAAUGAAGAGAUAAAAAAGUUGAAAUCGGCACUCAAAGAGCAACAAAUAGGAAUCUCAAGAGAAACAUUGAUUUUUCAGCACAAGUUGGAUGAUCUUCAAAUGCAGAUAAAUCAGGUUAGUGAAACUAGAGCAAACUCGAGAGCGAAAAUACAGAGUAUCAAUUACGAUCUAAAGAGAGAUGUAUCUCGUGGAGAGGCAGAAAAUGAAACCACAGAUAAACUGCAAAACACGGACCUAGGAAACAAAGAAGCCAGUAUUUAA